AUGGCGGCGCACCGGGUCGGGAGGCGCUUGGGGCAGGCUUCGCCGGUGCGCUCUGCCGGGCUCUCUCUGGGGGGAGCGCGAGCGGAGCGGACGCCCAGCCCGGGCAUCCAGCGGCGCCAGGCGCGGGUCACCGUCAAGUACGACCGGCGGGAGCUGCAGCGGCGCCUCGACACAGAGAAGUGGAUCGACGGCUGCCUCGAGGAGCUCUACCGGGGGCGGGAAGCUGACAUGCCUGAUGAAGUCAACAUCGAUGAUCUCCUGGAGAUGGCCACGGAUGAGGAGAGGGCCACGAAACUGCAGGGCCUCUUGGAGUUGUGCCACCACAACACGGAGGGCUUCAUCCAGGAGCUGCCUGGAAAGCUGAGAGGCCUCCGGACAGAACACGUCCUCCGACGGACGAGCCCAAACAGCCAGGGGGAUGCGGAGCCGGGCACAGAGGCCCCCGAGCGGCCGUGAAGCUGGGUAGCCAAAGACCUGGCCGAGCCUGUCGGAUGGAUGGACUCCUCUCCUGCCCAGGAGGUG